AUGGAGACAGCGCAUCAGCUGAUUGAGGGUCUGUCGGGCGAGAAGCAGCGUUGGACCGAGCAGAGCCGCUUUUUGAAGCACCAAGUCGUGGAGAUGACCGGCGACUCUAUUCUUUUGGCAGCCUUCCUCACCUACUCGGGAGCCUUCAACCAGCAGUUCCGGGCCAGUCUCAUGUCCGGAUGGAAGCAUGAAUUGAAUCGUCGUGAGAUUCCAAAACGCGAAAAUCUCAACCCCAUCCUAGUGCUUACAGACCAGACCAAAGUAGGCCGCAUUAUGUCUCUUGCAUGUUUGCACAUGGUCACGAUGCCGACCCCAUCGCUUCUAAAAGACCGUCUAAUCCGACUUCUUCCAUUCAGUGGCAUUGUUGACGAAGAGGCGAGCUAG